AUGGUGCUGCUGCGAGAGAACACGUUCGAAGCAGUCUGGUGUCAUGAUCAGAAAUCUAGCAAGAAGCAGAUAGCACAGAUUACUACGGACUUUUUCUACAAGAUUGACUUCAGUGUUGAUGUAGUGAUAGGCGAGACACGAAGUCUCGCCAACUUUUGGUCAUCUGAACGUCUUGCCAAAAUUUGGUCAGACACAAUAAACUUAAGUGACUGCCCGCAGCACGAAGGCCGCACAUGGAUCUUUAUGCCCAUCCGGCACAUGGACGCUCAUCAAGAGACGCUGCGCAUGACUGCUUUCGCCUACCUUUUCAGUCUCCGGUACGAACGCUUCUUGGUGCAGUAAGAAGAAAGGUGUAGCCCAAACGCAGCAGCCUCUAACCACAGGGCAGCGAGAGUUUCUAGAACC